AUGUCCUGGGGCUCCGGCGGCGCACGGAGCUGCUGGGGGCCGACGGCGCGAGCAGAAGGUGGGGGGCCGGAGGCACGCGGAGGCGGUAGGAGGGGCGGUGGCGCGCCGAGGAGGUGGGGCCCGGCGGCGCCCGGCGGAGGUGGGGGCCCGGUGGCGCCCGGCGGAGGUGGGGCGCCCGGCGGAGGUGGGGCGCCCGGCGGCGGGUGGAGCACGGGGAACACCGGCAAGGGAGAGCAUCGGGACACGCCGGCAAGGAGGAGGAAGUGCAGGUCGCUGGAGAGUGGAGGCGUCUCGUUGCGAUUUGGGGAAGGAGGUGGAAGAGAUAAGCUGUGGGACCCACGUUACACGCGUCCAGCGAUCGAGCCGGAGGAUCCGAGCGCUGUUCCCCCGGGGGAGCGUCAGCGUUUUCCUUAUGAGAAGCUUUAG